AUGCCGAGAGGUGGGACGAGUUCCGCAUUAUCAUUAAAAAUAGCCCAGUUGAAUGCCAACUCCCUGCUUGCCCAUAUUGAUCUCAUACGUGAUUUCCUUGUGAGCAACUUUUUUCAUAUCAUCUCAAUAUCUGAAACAUGGCUUAAGCCUCAUGUCAUCGAUAAACUAGUUGAAAUAAAAGAUUAUUUCAUCAUACGUAACGAUCGACUGGGCAAGCGGGGAGGUGGUGUCGCAUGUUAUAUUCACAAAUCGCUGAAAGCCAAUGUAAAGGCUGUAUCGCCUGGAAAUAUUGUGGUGGCUGGCGAUCUGAAUUGUGAUCUCUUGUUGAAUAAUUUUGAAUCUGAUUACUUGAGAGAUAUGACGCGGUCUCUAUCCCUACAGAUUGUUGAUUCCAACCCUACUCAUCACACUGCUUGCUCUGACUCGUUGCUCGAUAUAUUCAUGGUAGAUGAUGCGACCAAGGUGCUUUCUUUCAUCAAAUCCGAUGUUCCCUUCAUUUGUGGUCAUGACAUCUUACAGUUGUCGUAUACCUUUAGAGCUCCUCCUAAUACUGCACGCAGGGUGAAGUCACGCGACUAUCACAACUUUGAUAGCGCUGCCUUCAACGCUGCAGCAAAGGCUGCACUACGAAACUUAGACAUCUUGACUCCUGACUGUCUAGGAUCAUCUUCACAAGUUGAUAGUUUUAUUGACACUGUACAAAAUUCUCUGGAUAUUCUUGACGUGCAUGCUCCCCAGUGGUCCUUCGUAACGACUAGACCCGCGCCCUGGAUAACUGCUGAACUGGCUGAACGAGCUAGACGGUGUAAACUGCUGUACAAGCGAGCCAAAAGACACGAGUACAUCUAUGGUCGACUGACUAGUAUUAGUGAUUCUGGGAUGCUUUGGAGGCAGCUUGCUUCUCUUGGCCUGGUAAAGACUUCCUAUUCAUCCCCUCUUAACUUCUUUACUGCUGACCAACUAAACUCCUAUUACACGUCGAUCUCAUGUGUGCUACCAUUGUGCUCUCGAGAUGAACUGAAUAGUAUUUUGGAUGCUCGCCGGCUCGUGAGCGCUGGCUCUUGUUUUGACUUCCACCACGUCACUGUUGCUGAAGUUGUCCGGCUGCUGUCUGAUACUGUCACAGAGUCUCGCUCCUUCGGCCCCGAUCAAAUGUCUCCACUUAUGAUUCGUGCAACCAUUUCAUGUCUGGCCCCUAGGCUUGCUGAUUUGUUCAAUACCUGCUUUGACAUUUCUUACUUUCCAUCUGCUUGGAAGCGCACACUAAUACGACCUAUGUCAAAGGUAAAUGCUCCAUCGUCCCCAUCAGACACCCGGCCUAUUGCCAACUUAUGCGAACUAUCUAAACUGUACGAGAGAUUAGCUCAUAAACAGAUUGCAAACUUUCUACAUGAUAGCAAUUUUCUUGAUAGCCUGAUUGAUCCCUAUCAAUCAGGCUAUCGCAAAGCUUACAGCACCCAGACUGCUCUACUGCGACUAACACACGACAUAAGAGCGGCAGCUGAUGAGCGGCGUGUCACGGUCCUCGUGCUGUUUGAUUUCAGUAAAGCUUUCGACACUGUCUCACAUACUAUUCUUCUAACUAAGCUCAGUAAAUGUGGGUUUUCAAUAUCUUCUUUAAAGUGGAUGCAUUCGUACCUAACUGGUAGAUCUCAGGCAGUGGUUGAUGGAUCAGCUCAUUCGGCUUGGCUCCCCACGUCUGCUGGGGUUCCGCAGGGUUCUGUCCUGGGCCCAUUGUUAUUCUCAAUGUUCAUCAAUGACAUCUGUAACUCUCUUGAACACUCUAGACACAUAAUAUUUGCGGAUGACAUUCAAAUUUACCUUAGCCAUCCAGUUGAACUUAACAUGGGCCUUGUGAGAAUACAUCAUGAUGUUGGUGUCAUUGCUGACUAUGCUGUAUCUAAUGGUUUGUCACUGAAUCUAAGAAAGUCGAGUGUCUUGAUUUCAGGCAGCGCCACUUACGUUAACCGUAUCAGCCUAGAUUUGCUGCCUCCAAUAAUCGUGAAUCGUGUAGCACUGCCGUAUGUAACCGAGAUACAUAAUCUUGGGGUCGUAUUCAAGUCAAAUCUUUCAUGGGCUGGACACGUUUCCGCCGUUUCACGCAAGGCUGUGACUUCGGUGGCUGACUGUGUCAGGAAGGAGAAAAUACUUUCUGGAAAUAGUCAUGUUUAG